AACAUGAGGGUUCGGAAGCCCAGCAGCACCUUGGAUUCGCGGAAAAGAUUCAAGAGGCGAGACCGGGAUGAGGAAAUAACAGCAUGCGGCUCCCUACCAGGACGUUGCACUCCUACAUCAAUCCAAGAGACAUCAGCGAACAGUACUGCCGACGUAUGAAAAGUUCACGGUAGGUAAAUGCAUGGGCAAUGCGGGAGCUAGUACCUUGGAGUCAGCACUGGAAAAUAAUUUUAAGGAUGCGCCUCCGAUACAUGACGAAGCUGAGCUUGCAAGGGAUCGGUAGGAUUCCCGAUCCGCCCUCAACGUACGACGAGGAGGUAACGGAGUCGCUCAAGGCCGCGUCCGAAGGGAAGCUUAGCUCAUUUCAAGCUGGCAUUCUUCACCAGCCCGAGAUGCGUAUGAGGCAAGGCAGGAAGUCGCGGGGGCUGGACUACCAAGGGACCCUGGGAGGUGUGGGUCACCGACAACACAGGCAAUGAUAUUUUCGCGGAGCCGUGUGCAGCGUCGUGGUUAGGAAGAGCGCACUCGAAUGUGAGGUUCCGAAGGCAUCAGAAAGUUGCGAA